CUGAAACGUAAAAACCGUGCAAACUUCACAACCCCCAAGGGAAAGAUCGGCGAGGAACGCACCACAAAGGGCAAGCAACCAUAUUUCUUGCUUUAUGCACGAAGACCGUUGCAGCUAAGCAAGCUCCCAGGCUUAGCGUUGAAGGGCGGACUCGGGAUAUAACGUCAGAAGGGGCACAUCGUUGACUCGCGGAGCCGAAGCACAACCCGCGCGCCCGAAGAUGUUUACCAGCCCAUCUGGGCUUCCCCGCUUCGGUUUCCCCUCUUUUGUGCCUCUGCCGGCAACGGAGGGGAAAGUUUGCUGAUUAGCCGAGCGGCUUGUCAAUCACGCUUUGGGAAAUUCCAAACUGGGCGGAUCUGAGUCAAUGUUCCUUCUGGGCAGAGGAGAGGAAGUAAAAGCGAUGCCCGUGAUGCAAAGCUUUGGAGGUCCCGGAGCUGUUUGGACCUCUAUCCGUAGAAUUUUUAGCAGGCAGAAAUACAUGGAAAUUCAGUAAUUAAUCUGCAGUCAUGGAAAGCAAGGGGCCUUAUCGCAUCUAUGACCCUGGUGGGGGAACACAGGAAGAAGCAUCUGCUGCCUUUGAACAGCUAGUGGAAGAAAAUGCAAAACUUAAGGAGAAGAUGCAGGGGAUUAAAUCUCUAGGUAACGGAGAGUUAUUAGAAGAGUCUCAGUUAGAAGCGUCCAGAUUACGUCAAAAAGUGGAAGACCUCGUGAGGGACAACGAAAUGCUGAGAUCAGCCUCCUCUUUUGACAAAUUUGAAGAAAUAGCAGGUGAGAUUCCAGAACUUUGCUCGUCCUCCAAUAUUCCAGUUGAGGGUGAGAAGACCCUAGAAAAAGCAGCACAGAAGCCAUCUUCUAGUGGAUCAUCAUCUGAAUUUGAAAUUGUUGGCAAUGAAGAUAAGAGGGCCUCUCAAGAGAGUAGUAGGAAAUCUGACUUAGAGCCGCUUCUGAAUGAGGACACCAACCUUAUGCUUUACCUUCAGCGCUUCGAGAACACGCUCAGUCUUUUCGCUGAGGAGUCAGACAAAACGCAGCUUUUCGCCCAUCUGGGGCGCAUGGCUCUUGAGUUUAACCGCCUGGCCUCCAAAGUGCACAAGAACGAGCAGAGGACAUCUAUUCUUCAGGUCCGAGGGCUACUGACAUUGUGUGAACAGUUGCGGAAAGAAAAUGAGGAGCUGAGGACAAAGUUGGAAAGGGAACUAGAGCAAAGGAACGAGAUAUCAGAGAAACUAAGGUGUGAGAAUCUGGAACUCAGAAAGAUGGUGAUGACGGGAAGUAAGGAAAGUGUGAAAGCAGAAAAUAUAGAAUGUGCUGGUCAGCAACAGAAGGGAGCCACAGAAGAGCAAGCAGCAGGGAAGAGCAUGUUGGGGGCAAGUGAGAAGAAAGUGAAGAUACUCGAACAUCAGCGCAAUGAACUAUUGGAGGUGAAUAAACAAUGGGACCAUCAUUUCCGGUCCAUGAAGCACCAGUAUGAGCAGAAGAUAACGGAUCUACGACAGAAAUUUGCUGACUCCCAAAAGGCCCUCGCGGAUUUGGAGACAGAGCGGGAGCAGAAGCAGAGGGAUUUUGACCGCAAGCUUCUCUUGGCAAAAUCCAAAAUUGAAGAAGAAGAGGCAGAAAAAGAGAGACUCAGUGGGGAGGUGAAGGACCUCAAGCACAAGGUGAAGUUUCUUCAGGAUCAAUUGGUGCCAGUCACAAGGCAAAGAGAGUACCAGGAGAAGGAAAUUCUCCGACUAAAUGAGGCCCUAGAAGAGGUUCUGAACUUACAAGCACCUCCUCAUUCUCCUUCAGCCUUGAAAAACCCUACCAGCCCAAGUCUCCGGCACCAGGAAGUGAUGACCCAGAACGAGCUUCUGAAACAGCAAGUGAAGAUUUUUGAGGAGGAUUUCCAGCGGGAGCGGAGUGACAGGGAAAGGAUGAAUGAAGAAAAAGAGGAGCUGAAGAAGCAGCUAGAAAAACUUCAGAAGCAGCUGACCAUGACUAAUAAUCAGCUGCGAAUCGUUAAAGAGGACUACCAUAAAGAGAAGGAAGAAAAGGAUAAGUUUAAGAAACUGCUUAAACAGCACAAACAGCAUUCAGGUGACAGAUUGCAUCCCGAGCCACAGCCAGGACAAAUCACCCCAGUCUGCCCCAUGUACCAGUUUCAGUACUCUCCUCCUGUCCAACCCCAUGCUUACCAUGGUUUUGAGGAGUGGCAGAUCCGGUACCCACCACCAGCGGCAAAUGAGCAUCCUCCAGUUCAGAAUUAUCAUCGUGUCCCACCUCCAGAUUAUACCUGGUUUCCGGCAUGUGUUAUAGCACAUAAUCAGAACACACAAGGGGGGGAUGGUGUGAAACAGUUUACCAAGGAAUCUGACCCUACAGGUCUUGGGUUAUCUAAAGCUCAAAGACCCGUUUAACUUUGUGGUGAUACGUGUAAGCUGCAGAAGCAAAACAGCAUCAUGUGUGAAUCCAUCUCAACGCCUUUACUUCUGGACAUUGGCCGCAUUUAUUUGUAUAAAAAAAAAAGAUCCACGCCACUUGGAUGCUUGAGAAUAAUAAGCAGGAUUUUCUGAAAUUGAACGGCUACCAAGAAGCCACCGUGACCUAGAGGUUUUGGGAAAUCUCUCUUUUUGAAAUAUCCAGGUCUUGUUUACUCUCGGCAUUUGAUCCACAACUUUUUUUCUCCUACAUUCAAGGAUUCAGCUGUAAGAGAACAACUGUUGAGCCCCAGCAGUGAAGACUAGGAAUUCUGGAUUAACAGGACCUAGGUUGAGCUGAUUCUCUUACAGUCAGGAAGCUGUAUAUCUGGCAAGAUGUGGCAAUUUUGCAUUUGUUGGCUGUGGAAGCAUGCUUUGGGCCUGUACAAGUUUAGGAUUCAGUGUUCGCCCAAGGACAGAGAAAAAAAAAUCUUCCUGUGUUUGUCUAAAUAAUGUAUAGGAAUAAAAAUGAAAGAUAUUUUUCCUACACUGAAUGAAAUAUAUAUAUUUCACACACACAUUAAAACUUGUAGUUGUCAAUAAAUAUUUUAACCCCAGUGAAUGUUAAUUUGAGUUGAAAACUGUUUAAUACUGCUUUAAUUACCCCUCCAGCUACCCCUAAAGUAUGGCAGCCUUUUUUUGCUCCCUCUUAAUUGGAAUAAUAAAUAUAUCAUUCAUCAUUGCGUGCAUGUUGCUUAAUAGAAUUAUAUCUGUUUAUUUAAACUGCUCAGUGGAAAAUGGCUUCAGAUUUCACUUCCCCGGUUCUGUUUUGUCCCGUUCCUAGUUACUAUUGAACCUAACUGGUGGACUAGAUAGAUUUGUUCCCUGAUCUAACAAUUCAGUUCUAAUUUCCUUUUGUUAGUGAAAGGUUAUCUUUGGCCCUCCUGUGAUUUAAGUGGGAGACAGGUAUGAAGAAUGGUCUUUUUUUUUUCAGAUUACUGAUCCCUUGGAGCAAUCUUAUGAAAUGCUGAACCAACCAAGCAUUUUUCAAAGUGUAUAACACUAGAAGUGACAUAAAUUGCUUGUUACAAUUACAUGCUCCUCUAAAACAUGGAAUAUAUAGGCUCAUUCGAAAAUAGAAUUCAUGUUCACCAGUAAGCACAUAAUUGAGAAAUAAUUGAGAGUUUUCUUUUUCUUUAUGAAAUAAAGGAAAGAAAAAAUAAUUUCAGAAUGUUCACAGUGCAGAGAAAAAUGCAGUGUUUGAAGAAUCUGUAAAAACCUCUUUAAAUAAAAACAUUUUCACUGAGUUUAAUUUUUGUCCCAGGUCUUUCAAUUAUUAUACAAUAAAUUGUAGGAAGAUGUGAAAGAAGAGAUACAAUAGGAAGUUCGGUCCGUCUACAGCAGGUGUAUCAAAUUCAAUUUCAUUGAGGGCUGCAUCAAGAUUGUGUUUAACCUCAGAGGGCCAGGGUGGGGGUGGGGGCUGGGGGUGGCCAUGAUAGGUGUGACACGUGACCACACCUCCGCACACAUGGUUUUAUACACUUGGGCCUGGAGGCCUUCCGGAGUACUCCGGAGACCCCGUUUUGGGCCUGGAAGGUCUCCUGCAGCACUCUGGUGGCCAAAACUGGUUGCAGGGGAGCCAUGUGCAGCCCCUCCCUGCCCCAUUUUUGCUAGAGGAGGCACCGCAGGACAGUCCUUUGCUAUUUCCAGGCCGGCCUUGCAGGCCAGAUCUAAGCUGUCCCCAUGGUACAGAUUUGGUCCACAGGCCUUGAAUUUGACACUACAGUCUCUAAAUAGAGACGUCUUUAUAAAACAUUUUGAGAAAUUCUAAGUAUAAGCUGUCACCGUAUUUAUGCAGGCCAAUAUUUUAGCAACUAUAUUCUGGUUUCAAAAAAGCUUUUGAAAAAUUGUGUAAAAUUAUCUUAACUAUAUUCAGUUUAAUAAAAUACAAGUUUUCCUGGGCAGUGCCUGGAGUUCUGUA